AUGGGCUGUGCUUACGGGAGCGUCUUGGCGUCCUUAGGACGCACAGGUGAGCUGUGCGAGGGCGUCUUGGCGUCCUUAGGACGCACAGGUGAGCUGUGCAAGAGCGUCUUGGUGUCCUUAGGACGCACAGUCGACCUGGAUGAAAUGCUACUUGCAGCCAAAUUGCGUGACAGCUCGUUCAGUAUUGAUGCGGAAACACUUGUCGGCAACGCUUUGAUUUUCAUGCAAAGCCUGCCACGGUGCGGAUAGGAUGGACGAGACUGCUACCUUAAAAGAAUUCGAGCGCGACUACAUC